GUCACACAGCCACCACCGCCACUAAUAUAUAUAUAAACAAUCAUCCCUACAAAAUUUAGUUAUUAUAUCUGUUUCAUCUCCCUGUAUUUUCUUUUCUUGUUUUCUCUCUCAGAACAUGCAAUUUGUUUUGGCAGAGAAAAACAAGUUUAUUGUGUAACCAAAUGGAAGGGCAGUCAAGAAAAUGGAUGAUACUAGUAGCUACAACAUGGAUACAGGCAUUUACAGGAACAAACUUUGAUUUCUCAUCAUACUCUUCCACCUAUAAAUCUGUUCUUGGGAUAUCUCAGGUGCAACUGAACUACUUGGCUGUGGCAUCUGAUAUGGGAAAGGCUUUUGGGUGGUGUUCUGGGCUGUCCCUUAUGCAUUUUCCUUUGUGGGUUGUCUUGCUUAUGGCUGCCUUCAUGGGGCUCGUUGGCUAUGGUCUUCAAUGGCUUGUCAUUUCCAAAAUCAUCACUUUACCUUAUGUUCUGGUAUUUCUCCUAUGCUUGACGGCUGGAUGCAGCAUUUGCUGGUUCAACACAGUGUGCUAUGUUCUUUGCAUAAAAAACUUUGCAACUGACAGAGCAUUAGCAUUAUCCCUCACCAUCAGUUUCAAUGGAGUUAGUGCUGCAAUCUAUACUCUUAUUGCCAAUGCAAUAAACCCUCAAAAUGACAAUCUUUACCUCCUUUUAAAUGCAGUUGUCCCUCUACUUGUAUCUGUCCUGGCACUACUCCCCAUCCUACGCCAACCGCCUUUGUAUCAGCUCUCCCCUGAUGCCGCUCGCCAUGACUCCUCCAUUUUUCUUGUCCUCAACUUUCUCGCCAUUUUCACUGGCCUAUAUCUUCUCCUCUUGAAUUCACUAUCCUCUGUUGCUUCAACAGCAUGCUUCCUUCUUGGGGGUGCUAUUCUUCUAUUAGUCCUUCCCUUGUGCUUGCCAGGCAUUGUCUGUGCAAGGAACUGGGCUAGGCAUACCAUCCAUGCAAUUUUCCAUUCUCAACGUUCAAGCUCCAAUUUGGUUGACACUGAUGAUCUUGAUCUUGUUAAAGAACUAAUAGGAAGUGAAAACGGCAAUGGCUCAAAUGGGAAUUCUUAUGGGGUGAUGGAGAAUGACAGUUGUUUUUCUUGUUUGGGAAGGAUAUUGGAGAAGGAUAGGUUAACUAUGCUUGGUGAAGAGCACUCAGCUCCAGUGCUAGUGCGUAGGUGGGAUUUUUGGAUAUAUUACAUUGCAUAUUUCUGUGGAGGGACAAUCGGGCUGGUUUACAGUAAUAAUCUAGGACAGAUUGCACAGUCUCUGGGAUACUAUUCAGAACUUAAUUCCCUCAUUACCCUCUAUUCAACAUGCUCAUUCUUUGGCCGCUUACUCUCAGCUGCCCCGGAUUUCCUGCGUGACAAGGUGUGCUUCGCGAGGACCGGGUGGUUAGCAGUUGCAAUUGUGCCAACACCAAUUGCCUUCUUCUUGCUUGUUGCAUCAGGCAGUGAGGGAGCAUUGCGUGCUUGCACCACUCUGGUUGGACUAAGCUCCGGGUUUGUAUUUUCAGCGGCCGUGUCAAUCACAUCUGAGAUAUUUGGGCCAAACAAUGCUGGGGUCAAUCAUAACAUCCUUAUCACCAACAUUCCUAUUGGAUCACUCCUCUAUGGCCUUCUUGCAGCUAUAGUAUAUGAUUCCAAUGCAGGAAGCACAAACUUGCUGGAGAGCCUGUUGGGGAAAGAAAUGUUGUGCAUGGGUAGGCAAUGCUACUUGAAGACCUUCAUAGCCUGGGGUUGCAUUUCAUUGGUAGGUGUAGCUGCAAGCUCUGUGCUUUUUCUGCGAACCAGACCAGCAUAUGCAUAUUACCGUUUUGAAAGCAGCCGAAACGGGACACAAUCCUCCUAAACUAAGAAAUUACCGUUUUGUCACUAGGAUAUGUACUUUAUAUACUAGAAAAAGGACACAGAAGAAAAUACAAGAUAUUGUGGGCGCAAGCCAGCUCAAAAUAGUGAAGUCACUUGGCAUUGUACUAAAAAAUCUAAGAUCAAUCCCCCACACACUUGGAAUGGGAGGGAUUUAGGGAGAGGGAGGGCUACCCCAUUUGUGUUGCUCAUUAUGUGAACCUAAAUACUGCUCUUAGACCAAGAAAGAAGAAAAAUUAAUUCCAAGAACUUGCAAAUUAAAGAAGGUAUAGAAAAGAUGGCACAUAUUUGAUAUAGAUCAUGACUGUAAAUACAUUCAUUAUAUGUAAUCACUAUUUUAGUCUGGGAAUUAGCCCCAA